CACAAACACUGAAAAGAUCAUGGCAAGAUGCAGUGCUGUUUCAUGGGGACAGCUACUCUAUGUAUUUCUUUUCCUGUGCAAAGAGACCCUAUCCUUGGAUCAUGUUCCUAUGCUGCUGUGGUCAACAGAUAGCUCUCUCCAUGGCUUGGCAAAGACUUUACAUGAAGGACAUAUUAUUUCAAGGGACAGGUUAUAUGUGUUACUGAAAGAUAGAGUCCUCGGUCCAGAGCCCACAAACAUUAUCUUGUUUCUUCAAGAUGCACUUAGUGUGGAAUACUUCACACAAUACACCGACUUCUCCGGAAAUGAGUCACUAUUUCACAAUGUUCAGGAGCUUCUUGAGACUUCAUCAUCUUCAUUGGUUUUGCCAGCAGUUGAUUGUCAUGCUGUCAGUCAUUUUUCAGGCCACCUCCAGAAGACUCUGAACUGGAACUUGGUAAAUGUAGACAGCCCUGACAUAUCAAAACUAAGAAUUAAUAUCUCCAAACCCAACUUAUUUGAGAUAAACCUACCACCUAUCAGAAGAAAAGAUGAACUUCCCAUUCAAAACAAGCUCAUGGAAAACGAUGAAAUAAUUGGAAGGUUUAUCAGAUCUUUGCAGCAACAAGGAAUUCCAUUUUUAGCCAUUUAUACAGCAAAGCAACCAUCACAGGUACUUGUGAGACAUGAUAUAAUGCGGCAUAGUGAGCGACAAUUAAUGUCUGUUGAAAGUGAAGCAAUUGACUUAUAUCCCCCCCUGAAUGUUACCAAUGGGACCAACACCACGUGCAUCCUUUUUUAUGCAACUAAUUUCACUCUUACAGUCAACGCCACUAUUCACAUGAAUCUAACGAAUUCGACAUUUCUGUUUCAUGCUGUGGACACUACUUCAUCUGUUUGUUCAGACACCAAUGCAACGUUGUCAUUAAAAUACACCAACCUGGAGAAUGAAAAGAUUGGAAUCAAAAUCCUGGAAAUAAGAUUCUUGAUGACCAACAUCUUCUAUACUAGCUCUUCAAAGAAUUGGUUCACUUUAGAUUUUGUUCAUAUUCUGCAAGAUGACAGGGAUGCUGAAGAUGAACUUGCUAAAUUUAAUGUCUCUACUAUUUAUGGUCCUGCGGAGUACUCAUUUCAUUGCUCCUUGGUGGGCACGGACAGCCACUAUGGUGUAACACUAAUUCCAGCCAAUGAUAAAGCUAAAAAAUGGAAAGUUGAUAUUUCUGAUUUCCAAAUCCAAGCUUUCAAUAUUGAAAACAACAUGUUUUCCUACGCGAGCGACUGCACAUCAUUUUUUACACCUGGAAUUUGGAUGGGUCUGGUCACCUCCCUAAUUUUAUUAUUGAUCCUUACUUAUGGAAUCCACAUGAUUAUGAAUCUUACCACCAACAGUAGAUUUGAUGACCCAAAAGGUCCAGCUCUUUCAGUCCCUCAAACAGAGUAACUAUGAAAUUGUAGUUUGGAAGAUUGCAGCUUCUCUGUCAUUGGCUGGACUACCUAAGGCUGAUGAAUUAAGCUGAGUUCAAUAAGGAUAUCAGAUCCUAUACUUGCUAUGGGAGGAAUCAAAUGCAAAGAAUUAAAAAUAUGAAUUGUUUUGAAAAAGUGGUUUUUUUAAAAAAAUAUAGGAGACUGUACAGUAAUACUUCUGCCGACCUUUACUUUCCCCUUAAUAAUUACCUAAAUGAAAAUUCUGAGGCAAAUCUGAGAUUAUUCACAGUCUCUAGUUUCAGCUUUAUAAAAGAAAUCUUAAAAAGCUAUUAUGCAGGUAUUUAAGAAAUUAUUUAAGUAAGAUCAUUAAGAAAAUGUACAUUAAGAUUAAAAAUUUAUCCUAAACACAUUUUAACAGAAAAAUAGGAUAUGUAUUUUAAAAAUAUACUUUUUUAUAUCUUCUUAAAUAUAAUAUUCAUGCCUAACCAAAGGAAAUGCUACCAAUUUCCUUUUUUUAAAAAAAUACUGGGUAUUAAAAUUCCUGUUAUGCAAAUGUAUUUCUAACUGCAGAUUCCAGGGUUAUUUUUUCUAAUCAUCUUAUUGGAGUGUUUUGCAGCCCAAAUAAUGAAAUCAAUUUGAGGCAUAGUCAUACCAAAACUGCACAUUUAGCACUGCUGGGGAAACAAUGAGGAUAAUUGAGCAACUGUCAUUUAACAAUUAUUUUUUUCAUCUCCUAUUUUUUAUUCAGAUGCAGGGCUACUAUGAAUGGGGUUUAAAAUGAUGACUACUAGAUGGCAGUUGAAAGAAAACUUUCCUUAUUGCCAUUUAGUGAUUGACCAGAUUUUUGCAGCCCAGAUAUAUUAGUCCUUUUCAGAAAGGUACAGGAUCAUAUCUUUCAACAUGCUCAAGCUUUUAGACCUGCAUCUCAAUUUUACUUUAAUUUUUCAUCCAUUCUUUUUUUUUAAUUCCUUCAAGAAAUAGCCAAAAGAGAAUGUCACAAUAAUUUAAAACAAUAUUAUAACGUUAAGAUAAACUCAAAAGAGCAGGAUAUUUGGAGUGGGAAGCAAAAAAAUCAGAACAUUACUGUUUCGGAAUUUUGUUCAGGAUUCCAGAAAACCUUUAUUAACGAAUGGUCAGAAUAAGUCUAUUAAUAGAGGACAGUGACUUCUAGAAUAACUCUAUUAAUAGAGGACCGUGACUUCUAAUUUAGGCAUGAAAUCUGGUUGGAUGACUUUGGUCAGUUACUUUGUGUCAGCCUAACUCAUCUCACAGGGUUGUUGUGGGGAAAAAUAGAAGAAAAGUGUUAGAUAUGUUUACUACCAUGAGUUAUUCAUAAAAAUAAUAAAAGGGAGAUUAAAAAAUCUAAAAAAAUAUGCUUAAUGAAUGAAAGCUGCAGUAAGAGCAGUCAACCAAUGGAGGAGAUUGCUUCAUACAAUGAUGCAUUCCCCUUCACUGGAGGUUAGAAUGCCAUUUAUACAGCAUGCUUUAGCAGUGAGCAAUGAGUUGACCAAGAUGACAUGUAAAGUCCUUCCCAACACCUGUUUUAUGCACCUCUUACUAAUAAGCAGGCAAUUCAGCUUGAAAGGUGCCUAGACAUACCAGGUCACAUCCUAGUUUCACUGAACAAUUCACACACUUUCUUCAUAUACGUAUUUUGACUAGCCAGGGUCUAACUUUGUGUUGUCUCUAUAAAGUGACUAUUUGUGUCCUUCUUUCAGUCAGAAAAGCCUUUCUCAGAUUGAAGACAAAAUUCUAUUAAUAAAUUAUAUAAACUCUG